AUGCGGCCAUGGAUCGUUGCAUCCGCUUUGGCUACGUUGAUGUGUUUCACAUCAACUUGCUACUUCUUUGCGAUCCCAGAAGAAAUCAAGAAGAGCCCCACUAGCCGCGCUGGUUACUGGGGCCAGCCAGAUGCCGAGUUCAACUGGUGCGAGCUGGACUAUCAGCUCGUGGACUGGAUCGCAGAGCCUGUGAACACGGCCUCUUGCUUGGUCAUGGUCGCUCUGCCACUCAUGUUCCUUGCAACGCACGAGGCAACCUUAGACAACACGGUCAUCGGAUGGCUCGAAGUCGCCAUUGCUGUGGGUAGCAUCCUCUUCCAUGCGACGCUGAGAUAUCCGAUGCAGCUUGCUGACGAGAUCCCGAUGCUGUGGUAUGUGGCUGCCGUGGACUCCAGCUGCUUGUGGCGGCUGCGAGACAUCGAUGUCUCGUACUUGACUACCGGGUGGGUGGCGGUUGUCACGGGGACAAUCCUGGUUACAGAGCAGCACUCCUUCAUCCAUGAGAUUUUUCGUGGCCUCAUGACCCUGUCCUUCAGCACAGGCCUUGUCGUGAUAGGGUGGGGUGCCUCUGCACUGGUUGCGAGGAUCAAGCGAGAAGUCUCCGACAAGCAGCGUCGAGCUGCCGCUGCUGCGGAAGGGAUCCUGUAUUGUGCCUUGCUGAUGUUUGCUCUCUCGGUGGUUUCCUGGCUACUGGACAACUACUUCUGCAGCGCGCUGCGGAACUUGCCGGGGGGCUUGCCGUACCCGCAGCUGCACACCUGGUGGCACGUGCUCAUAGCAAUGACCUUGCAUUGCAUCAUGCUCUUACUGCAUCUGGAUUCGAGACGUCACUCCAGCAGUCUCGAGGUGGACUACGUGGCGGGUUUCUUCCCCAUGAUUCGGGGCUAG